GCCGCGUGCGGUGAACCAUGAAGCUUCUGGUCCUCGCGCUCUUCGUUGCCGGCGCCUACGGGUGCGGCUUGCCCACCUUCCACCCCGUGGUCAGCAGGGUGGUCGGCGGAGAAGACGCCCGGCCCAACAGCUGGCCCUGGCAGAUUUCCCUGCAGUACAACAGAGAGGGAGAGUGGAGACACACCUGCGGGGGCACCCUGAUCGCUGACCAGUGGGUCCUCACCGCUGCGCACUGCAUCAGCAACGGGAGGCAGUACAGAGUGGCCAUGGGAAAGCACAACCUGAAAGAGACGGAGGAGCACGCCGUGUUCAUGAGCCCCGCCAGCAUCAUCGUUCACGAGAAGUGGAGCCCCUUGUUCAUCCGGAACGACAUCGCCCUCAUCAAGCUGGAGUCUCCCGUCACCUUCAGCGACGCCAUCAUGGCCGCCUGCCUGCCUCCCGCCGGGCUCAUCCUCCCCCACGACGAGCCCUGUUUCGUGACCGGGUGGGGUCGCCUCUACACCGGAGGUCCCAUCGCUGACAACCUGCAGCAGGCUCUGCUGCCAGUGGUGGACCACCAGACCUGCACCAAGCCUGACUGGUGGGGCUUCCAGGUGAGGGACACCAUGGUCUGCGCCGGCGGCGACGGAGUGGUGUCUGGCUGCAACGGCGACUCUGGAGGACCUCUCAACUGCAAGAACGCCGACGGAGCCUGGGAGGUCCACGGCAUCGUCAGCUUCGGACUUGGACUCAGUUGCAACUACCCCAAGAAGCCCACGGUCUUCACCCAAGUCAGCUCCUACAUGGACUGGAUCGACUCAAAAAUGGUCGCCUACUGAGAGGAAGUCGCUUCCUGAGCCACUGCAUGUACAUAAACAAUAAAGAUGAACUCAAAUCUCA